AUGCCACCAAGAAGGAGAUUCGACAAGAAGUCUGCUAAGACUUUCUCUAUUGUCCAUAGAGCCCAUGAUGAUGCGUUAUAUUAUGAUAAUGAGGCUUCAGAGCAUGUUCUUGUUCCGGCACCAGGGCAAGAAAAGAAACACAGCAGGAUGGAUCCUGGUAACAAGAAGAAGGUCUUCUCAACAUCUGAUUUAGAACAGAACUUGACCCCAGAGGAAAUCGAGAAAAUAAGAGGAAAUGAAGGUUUAGCAGCACAAUUUGGUAUUUACUUUGAUGAUUCGAAAUAUGAUUACAUGCAACAUUUAAGGCCAAUAGGGGAAACUGGAGAUGGUGUUUUCAUUGAGCGUAAAAGUGAUGAAAAGGAUAAGAAGAAGCCAGCAAAUAUUGAAGAUUUAUUUAGAGAUCAAUUACCUUCUGAACAAAAAAUAAAAGUUACACAUGACACAUUCCAAAGCAUUCCACAAGAGUUAAAGGGAUUCAAACCUGAUAUGGAUCCUCGUUUAAGGGAAGUAUUGGAAGCUUUGGAAGAUGAGGCGUAUAUUGAACCAAGUCAACAAGAAGUAGGAGAUGAUGACAUUUUCGCUAAUUUAAUAAAUUCUGGACAAGUGGAAGAUGAAGACGAUUUUUAUUACGGUUCCGAUGCGGACCAAUUUUAUGAAGAUGAAGAAUACGAUGAAUGGGAUCUUGACAAUUAUAACGAAGAAUAUGAUGCCAAAUAUGCAUCGGAUGAAUUGGAUGAACAAGAUAUGCCUUACAAUAAGGGCGAAGCACCAGAAGAUUUGGUUGAGGAAAAGCCACCUACUUUUUUGAAUGCAAACUGGGAAAAGGAUUUCAAGAAAUUCAAAAUAGAUAGCAAGAGUAAAGCUAAUGACUGGGAUUCAGAUGAUGAUUUUGAAGACGAAGAUGAAGACGUGGUUCCAGAUUUGCCGUCAUUUAAUGGUAACAAUCAGUCAAAUAAAAAGUUAUCCAAAACUAAGUUGAGAAAAAAGAAAGGUGCUAUGACUGAUACAUCGUCAUUUUCAAUGUCGUCAUCGGCUCUAUUUCGUACGGACGGUUUAACCUUAUUGGAUGACCGUUACGAACAGUUGGUUAAGAAAUUCGAAAAUGAGGAUGACGAAAAUUAUCAAGAGUUUGAUAUGGAUAGAGAGAGGGGCGAUUUAGAAGGCAUGCUCGAUGAUUUCUUGAAUAAUUAUGAGUUAGAAAGUGGUGGAAGAAAGUUGGUUAAAAAGGAUCAAGAGAGACAGAAAUUACAAGAAGCUGCUGAUUCCGUUUCUAAGGGUAAGCUUGCUGCAAGAAGGAAGAAAGAAAGGCAAGCCCAAAAGGAUCCUCUAAGUAGCUUAGGCGGUUCCUUCGGAAAUUUAAACAUAUGA